UCUCUCAAACUCCCACCAUGUAAGACUCCCACCAUUUCCUCACCACCCCACUAACUUCUAAACUUGAAACUAAUCCCAAACUUCACACACCCAGAAUAAAGCUUCCAACACCAACCGCCACAAAACCAUGCACAUGCAAAAUCCUUAUCAACCCAUCAAAGAAGACUCUGAGUCCACCGCAGAAAAUUACUCUGCCCCCGGAGAAAAACCCAUUUUUCAUUCCGCCACAUGAGCUGAACCCACUUCAGAAACUAGUAACCUCGGUCCUAGACAUGGUUGAAAAUUCAGUGAUCAUGGAAUUAGAAAAGAAACACGGGCUGACCCGGAUUGUCGACCCGGAGGUUCAGCUGGAGGGGAAUUUUGCCCCUGUCAGGGAGUGCCCCGUUCAGCACGGUCUCCAGGUGAUGGGUCAGAUUCUGGCGGGUCUAUGCGGGGUUUAUCUGAGAAACGGAGCCAACCCGAUGUUCCAACCAACCAACGGCCACCACAUGUUUGACGGCGACGGCAUGAUUCACGCCGUUACGUUGGGACACGGGAACAAAGCCAGCUAUUCUUGCCGCUUCACUCGCACGAGCCGGCUCGAACAAGAAACCGCAUUGGGUAGGCCGAUAUUCCCCAAGCCGAUUGGCGAGCUGCAUGGCCAUUUGGGCGUGGCUCGGCUGGCUUUGUUCUUCGCUCGCUCGAGUAUUGGUUUGGUGGACUCGUCUAGAGGCACUGGCGUCGCUAAUGCUGGGUUAGUUUAUUUUAACGGUCGACUUUUAGCCAUGUCAGAGGAUGAUCUUCCGUAUCACGUCGGCAUCACGAAUGAUGGUGAUCUCGAAACGAUCAGACGGUUCGAUUUCAACGACCAGCUUGAAUGGUCCAUGAUUGCUCAUCCUAAGGUGAACCCUAUCACAGCUGAACUUUACGGUGUAAGUUACGACGUUAUAAAAAAGCCGUACCUGAGGUACUUCAAAUUCGACACGUGCGGGAAUAAGUCAUGUGACAUACCCAUUUCCCUCCAACAGCCGACUAUGAUUCAUGACUUCGCAAUUACGGAAAGUCACGUGAUCAUCCCGGAUCACCAAGUUGUGUUCAAGCUAUCUGAGAUGAUCCGGGGUGGGUCACCCGUUAUCCACGACCCGAACAAGACAUCCCGGUUCGGGAUUUUGACCAAAAAUGCAAUGGAUGAAUCGGGAAUUCAAUGGAUUGAUGUACCAGACUGCUUUUGCUUCCAUUUAUGGAAUGCAUGGGAGGAAAAUACGAAAGAAGGCGAUCUGGGUAUCGUGGUUAUCGGGUCGUGCAUGACCCCGCCCGAUUCAAUUUUCAACGAACGUGACAAACCGCUCCGAAGUGAAUUAUCCGAGAUCCGGCUCAAUUUGAAAACGGGCGGGUCGGCCCGACGGGUCGUUGUUGCCGGCCUGAAUUUAGAAUCCGGACAAGUGAGCAAGUGGCGACUUGGCCAGAAAACCCGGUACGCCUACUUGGCAAUAGCCGAGCCGUGGCCGAGGUGUUCCGGCAUUGCCAAGGUUGAUUUGGUGACAGGAGAAGUGACCAAGUUUUCAUAUGGUGAUGAGAGAUUUGGCGGUGAACCGUGUUUCGUGCCCGAAAAGAUGGCCGUAGAGGAAGAUGAAGGGUGUGUGAUGAGCUUUGUGAGAGAUGAGAGGAGAGAGAGGUCUGAGUUGGUGAUAGUGAAGGCUUCAAAUAUAAAGCAAGCGGCCUCAGUGAGGUUGCCUUCUAGAGUGCCUUAUGGUAUCCAUGGCACAUUUGUUAGUUCACAAGAUUUAAAUGAACAAGUUCUAUGUUAA